AUGCAACUCACAAGUGUCCUCGUUCCCCUCCUCUCCCUCCUCCCGGCCCUCGUCGCCUCCACUGCCUGCGUUGCCGGCGGCCCAGCAGCACAAGUCACCUCGGUGAAGAACUGCUGUCUCUCCUACUCCGGCACCUGGUACCAAUUCUACCCCAACCAAGCCAUAUGCGUUGUUGCCGAUAAUGUUUCAUGGAAGUACAAUAACUGUGUCUCCAAGUAUUCCGAGCUUGAUACCAGAUGUAUUCCUGGUGACGGCGCGGGCUUGAGCACGGCAUUUGGGUCCCCAACCUAUACGGGACCAAGAGAGACGAUUACCGCCGCAUAG